UAUCAGAGCUUCUACUACGUGUUAUUUGUUGAUAAGAAGCAGCUUCAUAUAGUGGAUAAGCUAAACGGAUAGUGCGGCCUUUAAGGAACACCAUGGAGGAACAAACUACAGACAUCGAGGUCACAGUCAAAACAUUAGACUCCCAGAGCAGAACCUACAUUGUCGGGGCUCAGCUGACAGUGAAAGAGUUCAAGGAGCAUAUUGCCCCUUCAGUGGGUAUUCCUGUGGACAAACAGAGGCUCAUCUACCAGGGCAGAGUGCUACAGGAUGAAAGGACUCUGGCAGACUAUAAUGUGGGUGGCAAAGUGAUACACCUUGUGGAGCGGGCACCCCCUCCACCCUCCCAGCCUGGCUCAGGGUCAGGAGGCACUUCAGCUGACAGUGGUCACUCCUCAUCCUCCCAAGGAACACCCCAAGUGCCUCCACAUGAUCGCAACGCUAACAGCUAUGUAAUGCUUGGCACUUUCAACCUCCCUGUCAACAUCAUGGACCCCCAGCAGAUACAGAUGUCAGUUCAGCAGAUGGUGUCUGGAAUGGGGGAGAAUGUGAGGAAUGCCCGAGUGACAACCAGCACCGGGAGCAAUGGGUCUGUGAAUGUGCAUGUUGACAUGGAUCAGCCAGUGCAGAGCGAGCCUAGGCUGAGGCUGGUGUUGGCAGAGAAUUUACUUAGGGAUGUCAGUGAUGUUAUCCACAGGAUGGAGGGUCGGCCAGGCGACUCGUCCUCCCAAACAGAGACAGAAACAGCUUCUGCUGCUGCACCCCCUCCCCCGUCAUCUUCAUCUACAACCUCUACUCCUUCUCCCUCUGCCCAGCCCAUGGACACCUCCCCACCUCCAACAACUCCUUCACCUCAGCCCACCUCUUCAUCACAGUCUGAUGGACCAACUCCCCAACCUGGACCCAAUCAUCCCAGCCCAGCUGAGCUGGCAGAGAUAUUAUCUGAGCUGCGGAGGGUGGAGGAGAGACUGCAGCCCUUCAUUCAGAGGGCUCACACCAUCCUGGAGACGGCCACCACUGCAGAAUACAACAACAAUACAGAGAGAGAGGAGGACCAGCGGACUCUCAUCCUGACCUGGGAGUGUCUACGUCUUCUUGGUAAUGCCCUUGUGGCCCUCAGUGACCUUCGACUGAACCUCAUGAGCCCUGUGCCCCGCCACCUACAUGUGGUCCGGCCAUUUUCCCACUAUGUCACCCCUGUCACUCUGCCUGGAGCUGUACACCACCACAUCCCAGUGCAAAUGAACCUAGGAGCCACAGUGACUGUGGCAGCUAACGGCUCUGAGGGACAAGCCCCACCCACUCAGUCGGCCAGCCAAUCAGAGCAGGCAGGUCAGGGACAGACCUCCCCCCCACAGACUUCCCCAUCCAAUCAGCAGGUUGGGCAGGGACAGGCUGGCCCCCGAGUCAUCAGGAUCGGCCACCAGGCAGUCCCGGUGGUCAUGAUGCAGAUGAACACGGACGGCCAAGGUGCAAACCCUGCAGCAGCUGGUCAGCAAAUGCCUGGGCAACCAGGAGCCCUUCCCCCUGACUUUAUGCGGAAUCUCAUGCAACAGAUCAGCCAGUACGCCGCUGCUGUAGCUACUAGUGCCGCUACAGCUCCACAGCCAACUCCUCAGACCACCACAGGUCCUAACACACCCACAACCACCCCCACUGCCCCACCACCACCUCCCCAUACUGGCCCCCAUCCUCAGGCCAGGGUUGUGUUCACUCGACCAUCCUUUGUACCCAACAUGCCGCCUCCAGCUUUUGGCACCCGGGGAACUACCAUCAAUGUAAGGGCUGCCAUGCCAGGUCAGCAGCCUGGACAGGCUUUUAACCCUGCUGCUCUCAACCAGAUGAUUAGCGGACUGGUUGGACAGCUUUUGCUGCCAGGACAAAUGGCCAAUCACACAGUCACAUCCUCCUCCUCCUCAUCCACAUCCUCCUCUUCCUCUCAAACAUCCUCCUCAUCCUCCUCCUUUUCUUUCACCACUUCUGGUCCAACACCCCAGCCUAGUGUCAGCGCUACUAGUCCACCGAACCAACCUGAAACCAACUCCAGUGAGCCCCAGUCCCAGGAGAUGCCCCCAGACCUCAGCCAACUCCUGGGUUCUCUCAUGGGGGUAGCCGGUGUGGCUGGUGCAGGCUCUGGAGGAGCCCCUUCUAUUACAGUCACCACGUCUGGUGUCCCAGCUUUCAUCCAGGGAGUGACUGAAUUCAUGCAGCAGGCCCAGCCCAUCUUCUCUCCACCCCCACCUCCCUCUGGUACUGCUCCAGCUCCUGCUGCAGGGACCAACCCCGCGCCUAACCCCUCCACAGCAGCUGAAGCCCUCAACCCCGAGCUGUUCACGGGCAUUGUCCGUGGCGUCCUGAACACCAUGAUGGGCUCUUUGGCCCAGGCUGAGAACGACACAGAGAGCAUUGCUCAGUUCAUGCAGAGGCUGUCUCAGGCAACCAACAUGUUCAUCAGCCCUGAGGAUCCUACAGGGUUUUUUGGAGAGCUGCUGAUGCUGGUGUGCCAGACAUUCACCAUGUCAGACCUAGUAAUGCUGCUUCAUGGCCAGCACCAGCCCCUGGGUCGCAUCCAGCCUCAACUGUCCCAGUUUUUCACCCAGAACUACCUCGGUGGCAGAGAGCCCACUGACCAGAACAUCGCUGAUGCUGCUGACAGCCUUGUUGGUGAACUGGAGGAGUACAUCACUGAGAGCUUUAGAGAAUCUUCAGUCACUGUGCUGGAGGGUGUUGAUAUCACACAGACCAACAUGUUGUUCUUCAGACAGCAGCUGAUUCGCAUCGCUACACACAUUCUGCGCUGCACCGAUGAUUCAUUUGGGCCCCAGCUGCUACAGAUGUGUAACCAGGCACUGUUUGAAUGCCUUGCCCUCAACCUGCACUGCCUGAGAGGAGACCAGAGAGCUCUCACCGCAGUCAUCAACCACAGAAUACGGAGGAUGUCCAGUGACAUCAACCCCUCUCUGGUCAACUGGAUGACCAGCAUGAUGACGAUGAGGCUGCAGGUCAUACUGGAGCACAUCCCUGUUUCACAGGAGCAGAUCCAGAACUACAUAGUUCACACACAGAGAGAUCACUCUUCUGCAACUGGCACACAAGAGUCUGAGCGAACAGAAAGUGCAACGAUUGGGGACACCCUCUCACCAGCUGCAGCCACCACAGCAGAGGAGGCCAUGUCAGUGUCAAACGACACAAGGGCGUCUUCACAGGAGACGAGGGUGUUGCCUGGAGACCUGGGAACCUCGGGAGGAGCCGUACCAUUAGGUGGCGGCAUGGCAGGAGCAGAGGGAGGGAGUGACGAGUCUGCUGGAGAGUCCUGGGCUGCUGCUGUUCCCCCUGAGUGGGUGCCAAUUAUCAGAUGUGACAUGAUCACCCAGAGGAAGAUGAAGGCUCAGCCUCCUCUGUCUGACGCCUAUUUGCAUGGCAUGCCAGCUAAACGUAGAAAGACUGGACAGGCUAGUGGAAGCCUCCUCUCCCUGUCUGAUGCAGUGAGUCAGGCAGCCAGGACAGCAGGAGUGAAGCCCAUCACCUCUGCUGAGCGGUUACAAGACGACCUGGAAACACAUGAGCUCAAGGAAGCAUAUGCAGAACAGGUUAAAUCAGACAUCAAGAAACGAGUGAGGGAAGACCCGGAUUUCAGCUCUCAGCAGUUCCCCAACUCACACAGAGCCUUCUCCUCAGACUCAUAAUCAAGUUCAGCUGAUACCCAACCAGCAAGCACUCGAGCUGUUUCCAUCCUCAUUUGUAUUAUUGUUAUUUUAGAUCUUCCUCUGACUCCUGCUCAAUGUAGCUUCACCCCCAGACUGUCUGUAUACUGUUUGAACAGUUAGCAGCUUAAUGCUAGUGUGACUACUUCCCCAGUGCCUAUUUAUUGCUUUGUGUUUAUUUUUGUCCAACACUUGCUGAGAGAAUGUUCCAUGUUAUGUUUGACUGUAUGUCGGUUUUUUUCUUUUGAUUUCUUAUCCUCAUGUAGCUUUGUUAAUAUGAAGCCUGAUCUCAUUAUUUAGUGGACAUGCGCUCAGCACUCCUGCACUCAGGAGUGCUGUUUGGUACAUGAAUGUACAGAAGCUUAAUAAAAAUCUUGAUACAUUACAAAACAACGG